AUGACACUCGCUUCCAACUCCAACCGCCUCGAAUCGACGUCUCGGCCCCGGUCGCGCAAGUUGCCUACAAACUCAUCCGCUGCCCCUAGGAAACGCCGAAAGCGAACCGUCGCCAGUGGCGCCUCCGACGACUGCUUCACCUGCGCUAAGCGGAGCACGCGUUGCGACCGCCGCCGUCCAUACUGUUCGCAAUGCUUGGAUUCGGGUCGGGAAUGCGCGGGAUACAAGACCACUUUAACCUGGGGGGUAGGGGUUGCCAGUCGAGGAAAACUACGGGGAUUGUCCCUGCCGGUGACCGGGGCUCAACCGACUGCGUCUUCGAAGUCGUGGCCCUCACCUUCCACCGACCCACCACCUGAACCGGUGGCCUCGUCAAGCCCUCCUCGUUCUAUCCCGUUGAUUGCUGCGGACGCGACCCCGCUGGAAUCGACACCACCAUCAGUAGCACCCUACCAACAGCCUUCUCAGCAACUGUCUCCCGCGUCGGAUACCGUACAAAAUGUGAUGCCAUGGCCACGUGGUAUGCCUUUGGCUCCGGAGGUUUGGCCCAGUACUUCCAUGUAUUCUCCGGCGGCCUACUCGCCAAGUUCAGUCACUCAAAUUGAUUUUGGAGAGAGUCCGGCAGCAAACACCCCUCCAUAUUUCACAGUGGGAACUGAAGCAGUCAGUCAAGCCCCGAUGGCAGCGCAAUGGCCAGGGCCAGAGGCGCAGGAACCACGGGACCAUGACAAUUCAUUUUCGUGGGCACAAUUUCCUUCUCCGUCGUAUUCUCAGAUGCUCCUGUCGAGAUCGGUUGGGCACACGCCGCGUCUUCGAUAUCUGAUCAGCUACUAUGCCGAAGUUAUCGCCCCGAUGAUUGUGGCUUUCGACAGCCCGACGAACCCGUUCCGCGCGCAAAUCUUACACCUGGCACGGGAUAGCGAGUCCCUGCAAGAGGCCAUCGCGACUCUUUCGACCAGUAACUUGCGACAACGGCAAGCGCGCAAGACCAUGUCCACGGAGAGGACUCCGGCGUCUCGAAUGUCGUGCAUGGCGCAUCGGGCGCUGACUCGGGAUGAUCUAGGAAACCACUCGGCCUCGGAAAUUGCGCAGGAGGAACAGUACCACCGGGGGCGGGCCGUGAGAGCUUUAAAUGCGGAGUUGGCGGAUCCGCAACAACGACUGUCGGACUCGGUGUUGGCGACUCUGCUUAUCCUGUGCCUAUUUCAUGUCUGCGACACCGGGGUGGCCCAAUUCAAGACGCAGUUUGCAGGGGUUACCAAGCUGUUGGCCAUUCGGAUGCGUGCAAGCGGAAGAGUGACGGAUGAUCUGAAAUGGUUUAUCCGCAUAUUCACCUGGUUUGACACAAUGACUGCGACGACCAAUGACCGUGAGAGCCACCUGCGCGGUACCUGUUUGGACAUUACCUCCCUAUCAGACGGAGACUGGGGUCUCGAGCAGCUGGCCGGCUGCGACGCCAGCCUUUUUCGGCUAGUCGCGCAGCUGGGUCGUUUGAAUCUUCUCAGCCAACACCGAACACCGCGGGGCCCAGCGCCUCCAGAGAUGUCUGUUCCCACGACGACCCUCCCGCCGUCGAUGAUUCAUCCGCAGGGCGUGUUUGUCGUGCCUUGUGGUGUUCCGGGAGCGGUCGACCUCAACGGAUUCCCGACCGCAACGCCGCCGCAGGUCAACGUGCCCAGCCCUUGGCCUACGUCGCCUGCAUUCUGGACCGAGUGGUAUUCUCUGCGUCAAAAAUUGGAAGCGUGGCGGUAUCUGCCUCAUGGCAGUGGAACCAGGCCUGCACCGCCAUAUAUCUCGCCGCCGUCGUCGCCAUCGUCGCUGUCGACGGUCGCAUCCCAGCACUAUGAGGAGAUCUUCCAUGUGUCUGAGUCAUUUCGACACGCUGCGAUCCUCUACAGCGAACGACUCGCGUAUCCGGAUCUACCGUCCAGCCACCCGCGGAUCCAAAACAUCGUGCAGGUCGCCAUGCAUCAUCUCACGGCGGUGCAAUCAGACGCCUACCUGCUCUGGCCGCUUUUCAUCACGGGAUCAGAAUGUGUCUUGGAAAGCGAGCGCAGCCUGAUCCGCCAGCGGUGUCGGGACAUCUCCCGAGACUCCGGAUUCUGCAACAACCUAUCCUGUCUAGAUCUACUGGAGAAGAUCUGGGCGCAGAACGCCACGACGGACGGAUACGGGAACUGGCGGGCACCCAGCGGAGCACUAGCGUUUGAACGAGGCUUCCGAUGGCAACAGGCGAUGCGAUCCAAACGAGCAGAUGCCGAGUACAUGGUAGUUUAA